AUGGAGAAGAAUAGUCAUGGAGAGCUCGAUGUAUUGGAGAGACAGAAGCUCCGCAAAUCAAUGGGGGAUCUCAAAGCCGGUGCUUCUAAUAUAUUGUUAUGCGUCAGUCAAUUGAAGCUGGUUGAAGCUUAUAAUGAGAAGAGUAUUGCUCAAUACGAACAGGCUCCAACACUCUUUAGCUCUCUUGGUCUCAAGCUUGAGAUCAUCUCAGGUUACUUUUUCUAA